GCGCCCAGUGUGUGCUCAUUAAGUUUGUGUUACGACACUGGACUGUCUGUUUCGAGACGAAUCUUGCCAUAAGGUGUUGCUUUUGCUAUAACACUCUAACAUGGCAAAGGGAUCUCAGCUAUCUCAGCUCAAGACCGCUCUGAACAAGGCUGGAUUAACCCACCAACCACAGCAUGGCAAGAAACGAAAGCGGGCUGUCUUGGAUGACAAGGAGAAGGAGCGGAGAGCGACGAAGCUAAGAGAGAUUCAGCAGAAGAUGAAUCCUUUUGAUGUUAAGGUGACAAAGCUCAAGCAUGACGUUGGAGGAAGGAAAAUAGCGGGUGUGAUGGGUCGACCUGCGCAGAGUAAGCAAGCUGGUAUCGAGCAGCGAAAGAAGACUCUUCUCAAAGAAUAUGAGGAGAGGGACCGAACUGGAGGCAUUGUCGACCGUCGGUUUGGUGAAAGCGACCCGACUAUGAAUCCCGAGGAACGUAUGCUUGAACGAUUCACGAGGGAACGACAGCGUGCCUCAAAGGGCGAUGCAUUUAACCUGGACGAUGAAGACGAGCUUACCCACUAUGGUCAGAGUCUGUCCAAACUGGAUGACUUUGACAAUGUGGGUCUUGGUCUAGACGAUGAAGAAGAGGACGAAGGUCAAAUAGACCGGAGGACUGUUGAAAAGAGUCAUUUUGGUGGUUUUGGAGAUGAUGAGGACGAGAGCGAUGAUGGAGAGGGACAGCCCGAGCGGAAGAGAUCGAAGGCCGAAGUUAUGGCUGAGGUCAUCGCAAAGAGCAAAGAACACAAAUUCCUUCGUCAAAAUCAACAAGAGGAGGACGAGAACCUUCGACACGAACUUGACCAAGAGCUCGAUUCUAUUCGGUCACUUCUCUAUGCUGCAGAUACAUCGUUACUGCCCGUCGAGUCUGCAACUACCUCUGAAUCAAAACCUUCCGUAGAUGAUGUCCUAGUAAGACCUGCACUACCGGAUCAGGACCAAGAAUAUGACCAAUUUGUUCGUGAAUUGGCUUUCGAAGCUCGUGCGAAGCCUAAGGAUCGGACUAAGACUGAGGAGGAAAUUGCACUCGAGGAGAAGGAGGCCCUUGAGAAAGCUGAGAGGCAGAGAAUACGCAGGAUGAAUGGCGAAGAAGACGGGAGUAGUGACGAGGACGAAGGAGACAGGAAGAAAGGCAAACGGAGAGUGCAGGGUGGGGACGAUUUAGAGGAUGAUUUCAUGGAUGAGGAUGGGUGGAAUGGUUUGGGUGCGGGGUUGAAGAACGUGCAGGACGAUGAGGAGGGCAGUAUUGAGGGCGAUGAAGGCGAGGACGAAGAAGAAGAGGAAAGCGAGGAACAAGGUGGUGAUGACGGAGAGUCGACGUCAGAAGAAGACGACGUCGAGGGAGAGGCCGGAAGUACCGAGGAACUUAUAUCAACCUCUCGGAAGACUUCGUUGAAGAAGACAUCAUCGGCCACUAGUCAGGAACUACCGUUCACAUUCCCUUGUCCAUCGACACAUGACGAAUUCUUGGAGAUCGUCGAGAAUAUUCGUGACGAGGAUGUGCCUAUCAUCGUGAAACGAAUACGGACACUACAUCAUGCAAGCCUAGCCGAGGACAACAAAUUCAAGCUUCAGGCUUUGGCUGGUGUGCUGCUCGACCACAUCCUCUACAUCACCUCUCCACCGACACCGAAGUUUGCCCUCCUCUCAUCCCUAAUUCCUCAUAUCUAUUCCCUCUCCAAAUCCUAUCCUAUCCAAUCCGCCCAACACUUCAUUGCGAAACUCAACCUGAUGCAAAAAAAUCUAAAGCGUGGCCUCUCGCAUGGCGUGACCGACCCGGAGUCGAGGACAUGGCCAGGUCUUCCUGAACUUUCGCUCCUUCGAGUGGUAGGGAUCAUAUGGUCUACAAGUGACAUGAACCAUCAUGUCGUUUCACCUGCGAGGGUACUCAUUGGAUCGUACCUUGGCCUAUGUCGGGUCAGGUCAAUACAAGACUUGACUUCCGGGCUCUUCCUCUGUACGCUGUUCCUCCAGUACGAGGAACUAUCGAAGCGUCUUAUCCCGGAAGUGAUCAAUUUCUUGGUGAACUCUGUGCUGCAUCUCGCUCCCCACAAUUUCAAAGAAGCCGCUUCGUUACCUGGAAACUUCCCUUCGCCUGACUUCCGGUCAGAAAGAUGCUCUAGCCUAUCACUGAACGUGAGGAAGGCGAAGAAGCUGGCUCUAUUGAAACCAGAUAUGACUUCGCUACUAGCGCGUGAGUCUCAUGGGGAGCAAGCUAAACUCGACCUUUUGGGUGUCAGCCUUGAUCUACUCGGACAGUUUGGCAAUAUGUACAAGGGAUUGGAUGGUUUUAUCGAGCUAUACGAGCCCAUCGUCGAUAUUCUGCAGGGCAUUAAUUCGAAGGAUUUACCCACGGAGCUUGAGGCCAAACGAAGUUCAUUAUUGGACACACUGGGAAGGCUUCUCAAGUUUGCUCGUCAAUCCCGUCAUCCGCUCCGACUGCAAGCUCACAAGCCCAUUCCCAUUCCUUCCUACAUACCCAAAUUCGAGCACACGACUUCGAACUAUCUACGCAACCGUGACCCUGAUCACGAGCGUAACGAAGCGGCCAAACUUCGUACACAAUACAAGCAGGAGAAGAAGGGCGCUAUUCGAGAACUGCGCAAGGAUGCUCGCUUCUUGGCUGCUGAACAGCAAAAGAAGCAAAAGGAGAAGGAUCGGGCAUACAAUGAUAAGUUGAAGAGGGUCUUUGGUUCGAUCGAGGGUGAGCGAGCAGAACAGAAGGCACUCGAGCGGGAGAAAGAGCGAGAGAAAAAACGCGCAGGUCGAAAAUAGAACUUGUUAGAGCUAUCGUCACUUUGCUGAAUUGCAUACCUGUUCUUACAAAUAUCCGUGUAUCCUGCGCAUUAUUAUCUUUCCUAUGUGCUUUCGAUGAGAUGUGCCAUUUUGUUUCAAGUAUUACACUCGUAAUCUCGCUCACGCAAGAAGAGUAACGUGAUAAGACGCGCUGUUCUACGCGACGCGUCUUGCCAUCCCCGACUCAUGAUCACAGCAAGCGUUGCCCACGACUCUCGACCUAACCAUUUUUUGCUGUUCGCGCUAGGAAAUACACCUGAAGAUCGUGC